AUGCACACACCACCAAUGAUCCACUGUUGUAAUGAAUCAAUAGUGGCAGAAAGCGGAAGCACAACGGUCUCGGACAUUAGCGUGCCGCAUUCUCUGGCCCAGAAAUGGACGCUGUUUGAGCGCGAAAAGCUCUACUUUUGCAAGACCUGUCAACUGCUGCAGUCACCAGACAUGACUACUGACAUUGUCGAGUGUAUCUACUGUCCCAUGUGUCUAGUGGAGGUGCCCAAAUCGUCGACUCAGCGCGUGUGCACGCGCAAUUGUCUGCAAUGCCCCGAAUGCAAGAGUGCUUUGGAUGUGAUGAAGACCUCCAAAGAAGCAUCCAAUUACACUCUCAAGUGCACCUGGUGCGAGUACACUACCGACCAGUACGUGUCCGACAAGGCUCUGGCUGCCCAGAUUCUGCAGCAACAAAACACCCUGGGGGACAAUGCUCUCGCAGGAGCCACUCGGAAGUACAUACGGCAUUUGUUUGAGCCAGAAGACAAGGACGCCUCUAAAGCCAUGGAAGCUCUGUCUGUGGGUUCUUCCAGAGGCUCUGAUCUUUCAAAGAGCUUGAAAAACACAGGAAAGAUUGUGAUUGAUGUGAAUAAGAGGCAGAGCGAACGGACAGAGCUCAAACCCCCGAUACUGCCUUCUCUGAGAGGCAAGAAAAGUCGGUUGUGCUACAAGUGUGAAAAGCCGCUGAUUGUGCCCAGCAAGAAACCGUCGUCUAUUUCGCUGAAGGCCUCCGAGCUGGCGAUCCACUACAUCCCCGAGGUGAAGCUGCUAUCGUUUAAUGCCCAGGGAGUUAAAUUCCGAGCUCGCAAUGUUCUCAGAGAAGAGGUCGUCUUCAGUGUUUCCACAGCUAAUCUCGACUCUGAAGACUCGCCCCAUCUCAAAGACUUAUUCCCAUCUGGAGCUACAGUUCUUACCCCUUCAACGACCUUGAAUCCCUCUGUGGACCUCCUGACAGCCGAUGAUACUGCCUUCGCCUGUUCCUUCCCCGUGGAAACCAUGAAGGAUAGCAUUUUCAAGACCAAACUAGUGAUGAACGACACACACAAGGGCGUCAAACCAUCAUGGGAUGAUUUGGAGAUUGAAUUGGAGCAGCCCGAAGCUAAAAGAUUGGCUGUAUAUAUUCAUUGCAAGUCCAAGACGUUAGAUGUCGGAUACUGGCUUGUUUUUGAUAGGCCUGAGGAGAAGGAGCAUACUGGGAAAGAGACAGAAAAAGACCAAGAGCAGGAAGGUGUUUAA